AAAUGAGAGAUAGAAUGGAGAGACUUGUCGUGCUUCCUUUUUCCGUCGGAUGUAUCUCCGACUCAAGUGUUGCCGUUUUAUCUCCUCUCUCUAAGCCCCAUCAUCAUCACCCUCCUCAAGGGAUUCGCGACCAAGAGGAGGAAGAAAACAUGAAGAAUGUAUUCAAGUUCCUCGCGGUUUCUAAACCCGAGAUUUCAAACGGUAUUAACCGGCUUUUCAAGAGCUUCAAGACCAUUUCUCAACUCUUUGCUUACAAAGAAGAAGAGAGUGAAGAUGGGGAGACAUCAGGAAUGGAGAUAGGAGUUCCGACAAACGUAAAACACGUAUCGCACGUCGGUUGGGAAAGCGGUUUAAACGCGGUUACAGGUCCCGGUAAGGAAUGGGAUGAUCUCAUACCGCCCGAGUUACUUGCAGCCGCUGCUACGAAACAAAAUGUUAAUCCUCAUCUUCAUCCAACUUAAUCAUUCCUUAGUUCCCUCUAUUUAAAUUUAUUUUUAUGUUUUGUAUGCGAUUCUAGACAUAUUUCUACCAGACAUGUGGAUGUACAAAUAUGGGGAAUCUAAUCUUUGAUAUAAUGUAUGAUAUGCCGUAUAUAUAGAUUGUUA